UUUUUAAUUGCCGAUAGAGGGCGUUUACUCCACGUGUUUACAGAUAGUUGUUUUACUUUCUGGAAACUAUAAUUUAUUAUUAUGGGUAAAAAAGAUAAAAAGAAGGAUAAGAAGAAAGGAAAAGGAGCAGAAAAAACCGCAAUUAAAACUGAAAAGAAAGCUGCUCUUAAGUUAAAGAAAGAACUUGCUCUAAAAGGAGAGGAUGAUAUUGAGCAAUUAAUAGCAAAAUUUCAAGAAGAUGAUAAGAAACAUCAAGAAGUUGUAGAAGAAAAAUGUGGUCCUCCUACCUUGAGAAGCAGUUUGUCUGUUCUCCCACAUCCAGAAAAAGAUGAAUUAUUAUUUUUUGGUGGAGAAUAUUUCAAUGGUAGCAAGACAUUCAUGUAUAAUGAGUUUUAUAUUUAUAAUAUAAAAAAGAACCAAUGGAGUUUGUUGCAUUGUCCAAAUAGUCCGCCUCCUCGUUGUGCUCAUCAGGCUGUAGUUGUAUCUCAUGGUGGUGGACAAAUAUGGAUAUUUGGUGGAGAAUUUGCAAGUCCAACUCGUUCGCAGUUUUAUCAUUAUCGAGAUUUAUGGGUUUAUCAUUUGUCUCAAAGACGAUGGGAACAGAUUAAAGCAACUCAUAGUCCUUCAUCUCGUAGUGGUCAUCGGAUGAUUGCACAUAAGAAACAGCUGAUUUUAUUUGGUGGAUUUCAUGAAACUUAUGGGGAUUGUAAAUAUUACAAUGAUGUAUAUGUGUUCAAUUUAGAAAAUUAUCAAUGGAAAAAAAUUGAACCAGUUGGAAAUGCACCUAGUCCAAGAUCUGGUUGUCAAAUGGCUGUUACUUCUGAAGGCAAAGUGGUGAUUUAUGGUGGUUAUAGCCGACAAAAAGUUAAAAAAGAACUAGAACAAGGAACUAUUCAUACUGAUAUGUUUAUUUUACAAACUGAAGUAAAGGAUGGUUCCAAUGAGAAAUGGAAAUGGAUUCAAGUUAAGCAAAGUGGAAUUAAACCUUCACCACGUUGUGGUUUUGCUUUUGCUUCUGCACCUGGAAAUCGCUUAUUUGCAUUUGGAGGAGUGUAUGAUGAAGAAGAAAAUGAUGAAAUGCUUGUAGGCAAGUUUUAUAAUGAUUUAUUUAUGCUGGAUUUGGAGAAAGGACGGUGGCUUCCAAUAGAACUACAUGGAAAGAAAGAAUCUGAAAAGAAAUCACGCCGUCGUCAAAAGGUUUCAGCUGGAGAUGACGAUACUGCAGAUAUUGAAAAAAUUGAGAACUUAAAUAUUGAAGAAGAAAAAUGUUCUGAAACACAAUCUGUAUCAGAUGAUGGUGUUUUUACUGUCACUAUUGGUGCUGCUAGUACUUCAAAACCUGAUGAUGAUAAAUUUGAGGAAGAAAAUAAUGAAGAUUGUAAAAAACCAUUUCUACCGUUACCUCGAAUGAAUGCUUGCUUAGUAGUGAAACAUGGCAUACUAUAUUUAUUUGGAGGAAUGUAUGAAAGUGGAGAUAAAAGAAUUACUCUUGCUGAUUUAUAUUCAUUAGAUAUUCAUAAAUUGGAUGAAUGGCAUACAAUUAUACCACCAAGCUUAACUCAGGAAUGGUUGGACUCUGAAUCUGAAGAAUCAGAAAAUGAAGGUGUUUGUGGGAAAGAAAGUGAUGAUGAUGAUGAUGAUGAAACUGGUGAAUCAGAAGAAUCAGAUAUGGAGGUGUCUUAAGAAGAUUUAUUGAAGAUUAGAAAGCAUUGUAUAUAUAUGUAUAAUAAAAUUCUCAUUAACUUAAAUUUGGACAUAUGUUUAUUUCAAAUAUAAUAUCAACUUAUACAAU